AGAGAGAGAAUAUGGAAAAAUAACUGAAUAAUAGAGAUAUCAGAAGGAAGGAAGGAAGGAAAACAACGGAAAAGAAAGCAAAUAACAAAACGAAGAUAAAAAGGGAAGAAAGAAAAGAGAAGAAAGUGUGAGAAAGAAAAGACACAAGAAAGAUGACCAGAAAGAGAUAGACAAAAAAAAAAAAAUAAGGAAAGAGAAAGCAGAGAACGAGAGGGAAAAAAAAAAAAGGAAAUUAAAGAUACACACACACACACACACACACACACACACACACACACACACACACACACACACACACACAACGAUGGUGAACGUGGGGAAGAAGAAAUCGGUGUUGAUGGUGGUGGUGAAGGUGGUGUCGACGGCGGCGGUGGUGGUGGCGGUGGAGGCUGCGGCGGCGGCGGUGGUGUGCCUUUGUUUGCAAAAAUAGAAAUGGUGGUGCUGGUGAGGUAGACAAAUCGCCUUGCAAGUGGAGGUGGCGGUAGUGAAGUGGUGUUGAAGUGGUGUUGAUAGUGGUGUUGAUAGACGUGGUGGUGAUACUAAUAGUGGUGGUGGUGAUAGUGAUAGUGGUGGUGAUAGUGUUGGUGGUGGUGAUAGUGUUGGUGGUGGUGAUAGUGGUGGUGAUAGUGGUGGUGAUUGUGGUGGUGGUGGUUCUACUUCUACCUCUACCUGCUCAUUCUUCCUACCUGCUGAUUGGAAAGGGUGUUAGAGGGGGCGCCGCGCCUCACCCCGCCCCCCCCUUUUCUCUCCAUGGUCUUCUUCUCUCCCUGAUUCCCUCCAAGCUACGCCCUGAUCUGCCUCCACGCCUAAGGUGAUGUAAGAUGCAGCGUGGGAGCGCCUGGGGCCCGGCGUGUGCGGGGCGCCUGCUGCUCUUUUUCGCUGUCGCCCUCAUGCUCUCCACGCUGUGUCUGGCCACCGUCAGCGCCAGAGAGUUCUUCUUGGAGUCGACGGACACGGAGAUUCUGGACUUUCUCCUCCACAAAAGCCGCUACGACAAGAGGAUACGACCCCCCGAUAAAGACGGUCCCGUGAAGGUGAACGUGAGUGUCGUGCUGCUCAGCCUCUCCUCCCCCGACGAGUCCAGUCUGAACUACGAGGUGGAGUUCCUACUUAACCAGGAGUGGGUGGACCCGCGGCUGCAGCACGAUGACAACGAACGCUACCCCUACCUCAGCGGCAUGCACCACCUGGAUGACAUCUGGCUGCCCGACACUUACUUCAUCAUGCGUGGAGAGUUCAAACACAAUCUUUCUCACACCAUUGCCCUCAAGAUCAACAGAAGCGGCGAGGUUUGCUACUCAGUAAGGAGGUAUCUAGUAUUGUCUUGUGAAGGGGACUUGAACCAGUUUCCCUUCGACGACCCGUUCUGUACCUUCUCCAUGGAAAGCAUUUCGUACGAGAUAAAGGACCUCACCUACAUGUGGCUCAACAACACGGCCUCAGACAACGGCAAGUCCCUGGCCAAGAGCAGCAAGUUGCGGGCACUCAACGCCUACAUGGUCAUGAACAGAACCGAAAUAUGCAAGGACAGCUUCUUCUGGAGAGGUAACUACAGCUGCCUCAAGGUCGACCUCCAGUUCAGCCGUGACGACGCCUUCUACUUCAGCACGGUGUUCUUUCCCGGCAUCGUCCUCGUGACCAGCUCGUUCAUCACCUUCUGGCUGGAGUGGAACGCCGUGCCCGCUCGCGUCAUGAUCGGGGUCACCACCAUGCUUAACUUCUUCACCACGUCCAAUAGCUUCAGAGGCUCGCUACCCGUCGUGUCGAACCUCCACGCUAUGAAUGUUUGGGACAGCGUGUGUAUGUUCUUCAUCUACGUCUCCCUGCUGGAGUUCGUGGUCGUCAACUACGUGGGACGGAAGAGACCCAAGCAUAACAUGGCCUAUAUGCCGGGCGAGAACGCGGUGAUCCAGGUAUUGGUUGAGAACAGACACCGCAUCCCUCAAGCCAUUCACCGCAUCGGGCUGAGUUUGGUAAGCGGCUGGCGGGAUUACCUUACGGAGCGGAAGCGUCCUGGGGGCCCCGGGGGGAGUGACGUCAACGCCUGCAGCGGCCUGGGUGAGAUGGCGCCGCUGCCCGCGAUGCCCCAGGAGCAGCGGAACUCCCACGAGAUGAUGUCCUGUGCCAACUGCGGGAACUCCCAAUGCUCGCACACCAACGCGGCCAACAGCUGUCCCAACGGCGAGGAAGUGACUGCAACCGAACCCGCUGAGGUGAGCCAAGUAGAGUACACGUUCAAGGCCCGCAAGAAGGCCCCGAGACAUCCUAUCCGGGUGGCCAAGUCCAUUGAUGUCAUCUCGAGGAUCGUGUUCCCCCUCGGCUACUUCAUCUUCCUCUUCUACUUCUUCGGCACGUACAGAGGAUUCCAGUGACCCUAAGCUAAGCCACGUCCUUGUUCCUUGUCCCUUGUUCCUAGUUAUUAUGUUGUUAUCCUCCUUUAUUCCCUAGUCCUUCCCUCCUUCCUUAAUCAUAUCUUCCCUUUUUUUCCUUGUUCUUGUUCCUGCUCAUUUGUUUCCUUCCUCUCUCCCUUGUUUCUUGUUCCUUGUUCCUCGUCCCUUGUUCCUAGUUAUUAUGUUGUUAUCCUCCUUUAUUCCCUAGUCCUUCCCUCCUUCCUUCCUCAUAUAUUCCCUUUUUUUCCUUGUCCUUGUUCCUUGUUUCCUUCCCUUCUUCGUUGUUUCUUAUCUUUGUUUCUGAUUGUUAUGUUGUCUCCUUUAUUCCUUCCCUCCUUCCUCCAUCUCUCCAUCCCUCCAAACUAUAAGCUUUUCCCUCCGUUCCCUACCUCUCUUACCUUUCCUCUCUCCCUCCUUACCUCUUAACUUUCCUUCCUUUUCUGUUUACCUUUCCUCCGUUUUACCACCCCUCUUUCCUAUGUUCCCUCCCUCUUCCCUCCCUCCCUCCUCCAUUCCCUACCUACCUCCCUUACCUUCCCUCUCUCCCCCUCCUUACCUUUUAACUUUCCUUCCUUUUCUGUUUACCUUUCCUCCGUUUUACCUCCCCUCUUUCCUACGUUCCCUCCCUCCUCCAUUCCCUACCUACCUCCCUUACCUUCCCUCUCUUUCCUUCCGUUUCUGUUUGCCUUUCCUCCGUUUUACCUCCCCUCUUUCCUACGUUAACUCCCUCCCUCCUUCCCAAUUCAGUGUCUCCAUACUUUUAACACGAAGGGUAUCUGCAUUUAGGUUCACGUCCUGUAUGAUACGUGUCUUAUGUCGGUUCCAAAGAGGUUGUGUUUACGUAUUGUCUAUGUAUUGUAUUCUGAGAGAGUCGGAAAACAAGUUAUUAUCAUUAUUAUUAUUACUACCAUUAUUAUUAUGAUUAUUGUUAUUGUUGGUGUUGUUGUUGUUUCUCUCCCUUCCCUCCCUCCCUUUCCCUCCCUCCCUUCCCUCCAGUUGUUGAUUAUUCUUAGUAGUAUUAUCAUUACAUUAUAAUUAUUACUAUUAUUAUUAUUAUUAUUAUCAUCAUCAUGUUUUUAUUGUGUUAUGAUAAGUCCAUGAUAGGUUAUAAGUUUGUGAGUUUGUUUGUUUUCGUUUUGUGGAUGUGACUGUGUGUGUGUGUGUGUGUGUGUGUGUGUGUGUGUGUGAGAGAGAGAGAGAGAGAGAGAGAGAGAGAGAAUAUGUCCAAAACCCUCAUUAUUUAUCGUCAUAGAUUUCAUUCAUAGUUUUAAACCGUUCCAUUACGUUCACACACACACACACACACACACACACACACACACACACACACACACACACACACACAGGCAGGCAGAUAGAAAGAGAACAAACAAACAAAGAGAAGAUCAUAAGAGAAAUAUAUAUUAAACCCAAUCUAUGAACCACCUCCAAAUCAUCUCAGUCACCCCUUCCAUACACCCAAUUUUCUCUGUUAACUCAUACACACACAUACGUUUUGACCCUCCCCCCCCCCCUUCACUCCAUUCCUUCUCCUUCCCUUCCUCCCCCCUUCCCCUCUGUACCUUUCUCGUAUUGAUGUAAACUUUGCCAUCGGGGAAGUGCAUUAGUACCUGCUUCUUACCUGCUCAUAAUUACCUGCCUAGUCAUUAGUUUCCCACCUGUGAUCUCGUUGUUAGUCUUAGCUCACGGUCACUUGGCAAAUACCGAAGUCCUCUCUAUAGUAGUCCAGCAUCCACCAGUGAGAUUUAACCUUUCCCAACAUCCA